AUGUCUCUACCUAUGGCUAGACUCGCCUCGAGUCCAACCUCGCCCAACAAUCCUUCUCUGCGCACUCCUAUGAUACAGAAUGGCGUCGAGAACAAUGUCGUCGUUUCUACUACGAGCCAAGGCACUGGUCAGAAUCAGCAAACCUCGGCUUCCAUCAAUACUCAGGAAAGCUUCGAAUCCAGCAACUCCAUGGCUUGCCCUCAUUCUUCUGCGACGUCUUUGGGUGUUCAGGAUGACAUGGCUCCCAAUACCGAGCAAAACAUCCCGGCCCCUGCCACCCCCAUAUACGCCCAGCAGCAGGUCACGCCAUACGGGUAUGCACCAUCCAUGGCGAAACGUGGUGCCGAUUACUUGACCGAUGAGAGGCUUCUCGGUCUUUCGCAGACGUGCAAGGUGUUUCGGGAUGUUUGCCAUGGCUUUGGUGCACACGAUUACCUGAUGGUUUGGGCAGAGUAUGACCAUUUUUUAAGGGAUGAUUUCAUGCGCCUUUUCUAUCUCAAUCACGUUUCUUUGCUCUAUGUGAGCCGUUCAUGCUGGGAUGAUUACAGGGAAUCUUCCUUCCAAGAUCAAGUUCGCAGCAUCAUCACAAACAUGGAAAACCUCGUCUCACUUGAGAUUCAUUGUCAGAAAAAGCCGUACGACACGCUGAGAAAGGCACUUUUCAACCAUACCGUUCCUGGCGUCAAGAGUCUCACACUAGACUCUCUUUGCGCCAACAUGGCAACCAUGAUUCGUUAUUUCCCCAAUCUGCGUAGAAUGCAGUUCUUAGUUUGUCCCGCGCUGACAUCCGAUGUUAUAACAGUCCCUCUAGAACGUCUUCCUCAACUCAAGCAUCUAUUUUUGGAGCUCAACGUCUCCCACACCCAGGUUGAAGAUGCCAACAUGAUCGAAGCCCUCAUGGCUCACAGCAACAUCAAGAAGUUCACUAUGCUGAGAAACUACGCUUACGAGCCUGUUAGCUAUGCGAGGGUCUAUGACAAUGAAGCGACCGUCGCAAACACCUACUUCGAUCACGUCCCUCACCUUGAGGAGAUUGGCAUCUGCAAUGCCCAGCCGUAUGGCCAGAUGCCUGAUGACACCGGCAAAGUAUUCAUCAGGAUCACGACCAAGGUCAAAGCAACCAAACCAGCCGGCACAGAGGAUGGCAAGGGAUUGGACAGCAGCAAGCUGAACAAGACCGACAAGAACAGCAAACUCCCGGAAACCACCACGAACGAGCGCAGGAGGCUCUUGCGAGUCUACGACCGCACCCAAAGUAAGGAGCACCGCAUCAAGCAGCUCAAGUCGGGUUGCAUUCCGCCCACGACCGACCGCAGCCCCAAGCCGGCGGAAAUCUAUCUUGAUCCGGAGUACUCAAUGCUCGAGCUCGAGUGGAAGUGGGCGAGACACCAGAUCCUCACUGAGAUGUACGAUCGCAAGCGCGAGGCUGCGGAGGCUGCGAAGGCUAAUACUGCGGCUGCUUCCCCUGAUGUUUCCGUGGUUGAGGGUGUUCCUGCUGCUGAGCCUGCUGGCAGUCCUGCUGUUUCAAAUGCUGCAACUGCUGGUAGCUCAUCUCCUUUAUCGUCUUUGGUGCCUCUCGGAUAUGACUCGGCCGCCGAUGCUGCUCCUCACACGGGCGAAAUCGUACCCGCUUCCGUCUUCGGGGGAGGUUCUGCCGCUGCCGCUGUCGCAAACGCUCCUCUUGCUCUCGAGGACGCUGGUCAAAAGAGCAUUGCCGAUGCCAGUGGCAGCUCGUCGGAGUCUUCCACUCCCACUUAA